CCUUAAUUAGCUGCUUGGCUGACACACCGGCUUGAUUGCCAUGGAACUUCCAGCCUCCUAGAAUUCCAAGUGGACAAGUUAGGGCAGAGGCAGAAAUACGAGAACAGAAUCUGGCAGUUCAGAAUGAAGAACCCACUGGAAGGCUGCACAGUGAGUAACCUCUUAUUUCAUUCAUAGCCCACCCCCUUCUCUCUCUCAGCUUAGUAUAUGUGGGGCUGGGGGGCCACAAUGAAAUCAUUCACAGCCACUGAAGAAUACCUGGCUGGUGGUCUACAUCGGAGAGAGGGACUGAUUUUUCUGCCUGCCCUUGAGCUGUGACAUUGAUCUUCCAAAGUGCUUUGCUGGCAAUGCGACACGCAUACACCCCAAUUGCUUCUUCAAGAUUCCUCUUCCCAGCCUCGCGGAUGUGGCACUGGCUUUCUGGACAGAGGCUUAGCAAAGCUCGAGGAGUAGCCAAGGAUGCUGGACUGACCUCACUGAGUUUCGAAGGUGGCAGGAGUCUCGUCGUAUCCUGGUCAGAAACUGGAAGGCAGAGAGAGCUGCUGGGUGGGGUUAAGUUGCUGUUUCUGCUAUUUUGCAGCAGGGCAGUUUUAUAUAUUGGUUGUUGCAUUCCCACCCUGCCCUGGGAGAGGAUUGUGGGCAUGUGAUGUUGCCAGAGCCACAACUCCCCCACCCCAGCACACCUCUUGCAAAGCUAGGCAGCUUGUUGUUUUCAAAGGACCAGAUUUGGCCCCAAGGCCUCCUGUUGCUGAUUAUCUCUACUCAAAUGUUAGGCUUAAGCCAUAUAUGUGAUGCCUGAUCAUUUGAAUGGUUUCCUUGAGUUUGGUUCGGAAGCUGUAACGUAGAUUGGAACAGAGAAGCGGGCCAAGUAACACACACUUCCCUGAAGCAAGUUUAAAUCAUCCUUUGGUUGUGAAUCUUGCUGAGUUACCUUGAGCCAGUCAUUAAUUUGCAGGGCUGAUGUGAGGAUAAAACGGGGGCGUUUCUUAGAGGAAAAGCCAGUUUGAAGGGAAAGGUAGAUAAAUACAGUGGUACCUCGCAAGACGAAUGCCUCGCAAGACAAAAAACUCGCUAGACGAAAGGGCUUUUUGUUUUUUGAGCUGCUUCGCAAGAUGAUUUCCCCUAUGGGCUUGCUUCGCAAGACGGAAACGUCUUGCAAGUUUGUUUCCUUUUUCUUAACACCGUUAAUACAGUUGCAACUUGACUUCGAGGAGCAACUCAUAGAAUGCGGUGUGGUAGCCUUUUUUGAGGUUUUUAAAGACUUUGGUGAUUUUUGAAGCUUUUCCAAAACUUUCCCACACCGUGCUUCGCAAGACGAAAAAAAUCGCAAGACGACAAAACUCGCGGAACGAAUUAAUUUUGUCUUGCGAGGCACCACUGUAUGCAACAGAAAACUGGGGAGAACUUAGAAGAGGUAUGUAUCCAAAGAUGGAUGUCAGAAGCUGAGAAAGAAGAAUAAUAGAAUUGUUGAGUUGGAAGGGACCCCAAGGGCCAUCUAGUCCAACCCCUCUGCAAUGCAGGAGUCUUUUUGCCUAACAUGGGGCUCGAACCCACAACCCUGAGAAUCAGAGGCCCUAUGCUCCAUCAACGUGAGUUAUCAAAAAUAAAGACAUAAAGUCAAUUGAAAUUGUCUCCUCUGAACUGUCUAGGGAGACACAGGGAUAUAGACAAGAUAUAUAACUGUAAGUUCAGGGUUGCAAUCGUAAACACACUUUCUUGGGAGUGAGCCCCACUGGAACGCAAUGGGAUCUGCUCCUGACUAAACAGAAGAUUGAGGGGAGGAAAACUGCGCAGAGAGGAUGGUUUUGAUCAGGAACACAGCAUGCAAUUAGAGAGAGGAGCAGUGGCAUAGUGUGGGUUGCCUGAGCCCGGGGCCAUGCUGAGGGGGUGGGUGGGAAGGAGGGAAACAGACAGAGUAUGCAUGCACAUUCAACUGCCCAACGGCAUCAACAUCACCUGGGAGAUCUCAGCUGCAGAGCUAAGAAGAGUUGAUCCGUUGUCUGGAGCCCAGGAAUGGAAGCUCUAUUGAGGCAGCACUGGGUGUUGAAAUUUGGCACCCUUAACAAUUUUGCACCUGGGGCAACUGCCCCGGUGCCCCCCAUUCUACACCACUGGAGAGGAGCACAAUUCCCCACUGCAGCCAGUCCCGCCUCCAAGAGCUGCACUUCCGUACAGCUGCAUUCAAAAACAAACCAGCUAACUGCACACCACCCUGGGGAUAAUGUUCACGUGGCCACUGGAUGCCUUGCGCAUGUUGAUCCUUCACAAUCUACCAAGGAUUCGAGCAAGCAUUUUGUUUCCUUUGCCUCUGUUAAGAGAUGGCAGGACCGCUUGCAGUUCCAGGCUUGCUGUGCAUCCAUUAUGUGUGUGCGCGUGGGGGAAAUUGCUCCAAGUGCUGCUGUUUUGUUGUUUUGUACAGCUCAGCUUCGUCAGUGAGUGCCGAUGCCUUGCAAAGAUUUAACAUCCGAUAUAAAAUAUUAAUACUGUAUGGCUGCUGCUUCUAGCAAGCUGCAUCUUGCACAGCAGGAGAACUGGGAGCCAGCCAGCAGAAGUUUCUGCUGCAGAAUCUGCUUCUUUGGAUUUGACAUUUUUAUUUUAAAAAAUCUCUAGAAAAGAGAAAUGUUACCAUAAUGCCUAGUAAUCAAUUGCAGGGUAAACAUCCCUUGUUGUAGGCUAUUACCAGCAUGACAAUUGUAACUAAUGAAAGCAAUAAUAAUAUUUUAUAGCAGGCAUUAGCUCUGUCUUUGGUCACUUUGGGAGGAAAGGCAUGAUGCAGUAUUUCUCAUAGCUAUACUAAAAUUAAUAUAGGGUGGUGGUCAACAAACUAUGCGCUGGCACACUGGUCCUCAAAGGGUGUGGUGCACCACACUGGCAUGGCAGGAGAGGAUGGCAAGUGUGGCAGGAAGAUUCAAGGACAAUCAAAGAAAUAUUUAAACAUUUCAUUAUGGCAUGGUAUGGUUGUUGAGCGUAUUGGUCACCCGUUCUCAGAAAACUGUCUUCAUGAGUUUCUGCAUGUAAGAUGAGCCCAAGGCGAUUCUCCGGGACCCUCUAAGUGUCCCUAUUUUCCAGGGACAGUCCCAGAUUUACAGAAGCUGUCUCAGUUUCUGAUUUGAUCCCAGAAUGUCCUGCUUUUCCUUAGGACGCCCCUAUUUUCAUUGGGGGUGGGGGUGGGAGGAGAUAUGCAGUUUUGCGAACCCUGAGCCAAGGAGAUAAGUAACUAUACAACCUUUAGAAGACAUCUGAAGGCAGCUCUGUAGAAGGAAGUUCUUAAUUGUUUUAUUAUGGUUUUUUUAUAUGUUGGAAGCUGCCUAGAGUGGCUGUGGCAACCCAGUAAGAUGGGCAGGGUUGUUUAUUAUUAUUAUUAUUAUUGACGUCCCUAUUUUCAUUGGAGAAAUGUUGGAAGGUAUGUUCUCCCCACGUCUCCUCUCACCAUGCGCAUGCCCUUUGCCAUCCCCAAAUCUGCUGAGGAAGCUUGUCAAGGGGGAACCCAGAACACAUUUAGCGGGAAUGCCAGGACUGCAGGAAGGAAAUGGUUCUGUCAUGCGAGGAAAAAUCCUCACACUACCGGAAUGUUCACCUUAGCACUAUGUUGAAUGAAACCAGUGUUCUAUUAAUAUAAUAAUAAAACAGCAGGCUAUAUGCAGUAAUGGUUGCGAAUGUUGAACUCUACUGGUAUAAUGAAUGGGUCUGUGCUGAAUUGUCACAGAGCAUGCUUUUCACAAAGGACUAUGUCAGGAGGUGCAGUGCUUCCCUCGAACAAAAAAAGAGCCUUUUCUUGCAAAAUCCCGAUCCCUUCCUCCCUGCGUCUUCUCCACCCUUUGCAAAACGCUUGCAUCUGAGGCAGAGAGCAUCUCCGGCCACGUUUUUGUGGAUAGCCUCCUUUUUUAAAAUGUUCGGUGAAAGUAUAUUAAAGGAGGCAGUACAUAGCAGCAUUGGGAGAGUGACCUUCCACUUCUGGCUUGCCAAGAGAAAGGGGAGCAUCGCGUUGCAGAGGAACUUCUUCAAAAUAGUGACUUGCCUAAUCACAAACUGGACGUUGGCUCGCAGAGAGAUCUGAAUGAGCAAGCUGGCGUUCCCAGGAAUGCUUUGUGCAAGUGAGGAAACCUAGCACACCAAAUAGGAAGCUGCUUUCUACUGGGCCAUGGGUCCUUCUAACUCAAGAUUGACAACACAGGAGCUUUCAAGGCUUCCAGCAGGAGUCCGUCCUUCUAGCCCUACCUGGAAAUGCCAGGGACUGACCCUGGAAUCUUCUGGAUGCAAAGCUAAGACUGAGCCACAGCCCCAUCCACCCUCCAUACACUGGCCUUUCCCCAAAUUGGCAGGAGGGGGGCCUUUAAUGUGAAAGGAGAGUAGCACAGGUUAUCUCCAUUAUUUCUUUUUCAUACCUGUGAAUGCGUUAUAAUGGAAACACUUCCAUAUGGGCUUUGAUAUGGCACAAUGUUUGCAUGGGGUGAUGGAAUUGGGAAUGGGAAACAAAACGAACCCUGAGAACCAUUUUAUUUAAGCCGUGUGAGAUCUCUCAAUGCCAGAGAGGGUGUGUAGAUGUGUGGGUGCUACAGAAACACUGUUGAUUUUGUAAAGGUCUCCUCCCUGUGUGUGGAUAUCAUUUCUGUUGGGUGGAGAUUUUGGCUAGAUUUCAGGGAGACGUUGCAAUCCACCCACUGGGAACUUCUACCUGUUGUCUAAGUAAUGAUAACAGUAAUAGUAAUAAUACAAGAGUACCUAAGGACCUUGUACAUUAUCAACAGCUGGUUUUCUGGCUUAAAAGUAUGCAAUCACUUUGCAUGCCCCAUUCAGUGACGGAAAAGGAAAAGAAAACCUUUGCUACUGCAAAUACUCAUUCUCUUCCCACACAAGCUGCACACCCGCUUCCUACUCUAUUCUUUUCCUUUGUGGCAGGCAGAACGAGUGCAGACCUGAAAUGUUGCCCAGACCUUAAAGCCUGUAAACAAGUCUGUAUCUUGUGUUUUCAGUAUGACAGGGCAUAUCAAGAUCUGAAAAGAUUUUCCAAAAAUGGAGAUAAUUUCUGCAAGCAACUCAUGUCUAUUCUUCAGCAGAGGUAUGUAUGUGUCCCCUCAACCUGGUAGACUUCAAUUUCCCUUGUUUGCUCAGAUAGCAAAUUAUUUUCUCCACAUGGUAUGUGUGUGCUGGUGGAGGGAGCAGGGAGAGAGUUACUGUUCUCUGGAACAGACUUCUAUAAUACAAGGCUGCUUAUCAUUUCCUCCCUGCAUGUUUGAACAGUUUCUGUAAGGCUUGGUCUGAUGCCACUUGAAAUAUAACUUGCUCAUCCAGUAAUUACUAGGGUGGCUGCUGGAAUGUGAAGAAGGGGAGUGGAGAAAAGGUCUAAUAGCAAGGACCAGCUUCAAGGUAGCAUAUACGUGGAUUUUCUUCCUUUGGCCUGAUGAUGAGCUCAGUGGGAUGUAACCCUAAACCAUGGUUUUUUCAUGGUUCAGACAAGUAGUGUAGGUGAACCUUGGGUUUAUGUGCCUCCUCCUUCCGGACAGCCACACAGAGGAAUUUGAAAGCUUUCCCCCUUUUUGGUUAAGCACAGGUUGCUACGUCAUCUGAACCAGGUAAACUGUGGUAACCAUAAUUAUAGUUUGUUUAAACAAGCCAACGUGAAGCCAUGGUACAUUUCAACAAACCACUGUUAACAGGAGUUCAGCAUGCUGUCCAAACCCUAAACUGUGGUUAAUCUAAAACAGAAGUAGAAGCUGCUGAUCCCCUUGCAAGCUACACCAGUGAGAAGUGGGGAGUGAGGAGUUUGCAAGCCCAAGGCUCGCUGCAGCUCAUCCCCAUAACACGAAACCAUUGUUUAAUGUUAGGUGUGAACUUUUUGCUUUGACCUAAAGCAGGCAAGCCUUCAUAGAUUGUGCAAAGUCCAAUUCUACCCUGGAUUCCCUUGAAUGCAGCAAAUAUGGUGAUUAUAUAUAUAUAAGACUUGUGCUUCUGGAGCAACACUGGCUUUUGCCUCCCACAAGAGUCCUGACUAACCCAAAAUAAAAGCAACAAGCAUGGCUGGGAAGGGGGAAGAGGCAAGAGGAGGGAGUGGGAAUGGAGAUACUUUGCUCCUGCUGACAUCCGAAGUGUUGGAGCAGCACCCUUGAAAAAGAGUGGUGUGGAAUAGUCUACUGGAUGAUCCCAAAUAACUUAAAUGCAGUGCAGACUGAGAGGUGCCCAGUUAUAGGUAAGAGUCCCUCAUAUGGACUUUAGCUCUUAACGUAGAGGGUAAUCUCAUUAAGGACAGGGCUGGGUGGACAGGACAUUAAGUGUUAAUUAACUCAGGUACUGGGCCAUUGCACACAUAUCAACACACAUUUCCUAACUCCUUGUGGCAGAAUGUCCCCCCAAGGUCUCUGGGUGAUUGGGAUGUUCCUUAUGCAGAAAGGGGAAGGCUGUUUCACAGGAAAACAUAAAUGUAGGCUUCACCCAGUUACUGUGAAAAGGAGUUUGCUGGAGGUUACCGUACUGUCACUGCCCUUUGACCAGGUCAUCCUUAAACAGGGCUAUCUAUUUGCAUUUUAUAAGGAAGAAGUUCCAGGGAUUCCUUAGGCUUGCGCUUACCCAGUCCAUUAUGCACACUGGUUAAUCUGGAGAAAUUCACCUGCACAGCAACUGCAGCAGAGAGGAUAUUUGGCGGGAACCACUAGAGAUUCCUCUAACAGGAUCACAUUUGGCUUGAACUUCCAUAGCCCUACUUGGCUUAAACAACAGCGGCUUCCUCUGAUGCCUUUCUGGAGUUUCCCAUUAAUUGAAAUGUUCAGUUUGUGAUCUAUGCGUCUGCCUGCAGUUCUGACACACGUUUGGUUAUGUAAACCUAAUCAGAGGACUCAGCUACAUUGGCAAAGAAAAAAUGCAUUUGCUUUACAUGCAUUCUAACACUGUGACACCAGAUCGCACUGUGGAGUUCCAUACAAAGUUUGCAACGCAUUUAACUGCAGCGCUUUUUUGAUGUGUCUAGAUCCAGCCAGAGUAGACUUUUGCACUGGUUCUGACAGGCCAACCAGUGUGAAACUAACUUCUAUUGCAGUGGAGCCACCUGUAAGCAAGAGGGGAGACCUUCAGCAGGCAAGGGUCCAGAGACAGAAAGGGGAAAGUAGGGGAGGCAAACCCCUGAGCUCUGGCUAACUAAGCAAUUCAGUAGAGUGAUGUGCAUCAAAGUGAUUUUCAAUGAAGUGAUGCUCAACAGGGUGGAUCUGGGGAGCCAGAACCCACACAAGUGAUCCAGCAAAUGAUUUCAUAGUGGAACUGAGUAACCAGAUCCUGAAACCAGAAAUAUUGUUGCUUUGAAGCCUGGAGUUUUUGCACUCUCGUAAACAAAAGCCUCAAAGGAAAUUCCAGCAUUGAUUGGAUCAUGGAGGUGUCAUCCCUAUUUCCUGUACCUGAUAUAGAUAGGUCAUGCAGGUCAGAGAUAAAGGAUUCUCUUUCGUGGAGACAGGUGGUGGUAUUCACCUAAUCUAGGCCCGAUUAGGCCUAGAUUUGAACAACAGGCUCCUCUCCCAAGGGCCACAAUAUUGCAUUAAUUUUGGAUUUCAUUGAUUGGAUUGCCAAAAGCCACAUCCUGCGCGUAUGACUGGUUACCUUGCCUCUACUAAGGUGACCAACUUGAUUCACCAGGUUGCCUUUUUUUUCUGGAUCGUGCCCCGAUUUAGCAGUCAUAUUGUUCCUGCAAUUGCUAUUGAUUUUGUAAAGUCACAAACAGAGUUUCGGAAGAUUUACUAAGACACAUUUCACCCAAGGGGGAAGGCUGGGAGGAAGGCUUUUAGCUCUAACUUGUUAUUUCAUCCUGAAAACCUAAUUCAUUUUACUGUCAGAUAUUCUGAGUAGAGAGCAAGGAUUUCAUUAGCUGUGCAUUCCAAAGAGAAAUUGCCAUUCCAUAGAAGAUUUGCCUUGCAUCUUAAACCUCAAGGCUCCCCUUUCUAGGAGACACCUUUUUGAAAGUAAUUCUUUUCUAAAUAUGAUGAAAUGCUUUACCACUUAUGCAGUAGGACAAGUGAAAUUCGGGCACACACAAAAACCCCUCAAUUCUCUUCCUUUUUUACAAGCUUGGGAUAUCAUCAUUACUUCCAUGCUACUUGGAUAAUAAAAUAUGACAUUUGUCAUGAGAUGAACUACAUUAAAUCACGUCGGUGGGUGAUAAAUUUACCUUGUGAACAUAUAAGCAUCAUCAGCUGUUCUGAUUCUUUUGCAUGGCAAUGAAAAGAAUGGAAACUUCUGCCUAUGAAGUGUGCGGUCUACCAAGCGAUGGUUGCCUCCCCGAAUAUUUAUUUGGUGCCCCUUUGAUUAAUGCUGGGGUCUCCAACCUUUUCGGAAUUUUGAGAAAGUGCCUUGGGUGCCAGCCACAAAAUGGCUGCAGUGGGGAUGUGGCUUAAACACAAAAUGGCUGCCGCAUCUAAAGAGCUGGAAAAUAGGACCACAAAAUGGUGUGAGCAUGCCAUCCCUCGGUCAAUGGGAGCCAAGGAAGCACCUACAUCAGUCAUCGCCACACUCCCAGAGAAAAGCUAUUUGCGCCACUUCCUUCAGAACAGAAGGGAUGGAAGUAAUCAAAUUAUUACCUUCAGUCAAAUGUGGGCAUGUUUAAGGAGACUUGGGGCAAGCAGGAGCGGAGCAGGAAGAGCAAACAGUCUCUCUUUUUUUAAAAAAAUUAAUAUUUAUUAAAUUUUAAAGGGUUACAAAAAGAAAAAAUUAAAAAACAGCAUAUUUAAGAAAUACAAAACAUCACAUCACAUCACAAUAAUAGAAAAAAGAAGCAAGAAGAAAAAAAGAAAGAAAAGAAAAAGGAAAAAAAGAGAAAAUACAAUAAAUCUUCCCAUAUCUUAUCUUUCAUUUGCUUAUUUCCUUGACCUCCUCACACCUCCCUUUUUUGUAUUCUAGCUCAAUUAACUAUUUCAGCAAAUCCUUUCCCUCCCUUCCAGUUUUUGUCCUCUAUUUUAUCUUAAUAUAAUGUAACUUUACUUUCCCUCCUUCACCGUUUAGCAAUCUAUUUUUUCCUUAAUCCUUUAUAACAUUUCUGCUAAAACCGCAUUAUUUCAUUCCAACAUCCUUCUAACAUUCCUUAAUUUUACAAUGUUUCUGUAAAUAAACUUUAAAUUUCUUCCAAUCUUCUUCCACCAACUCUUCUCCCUGGUCUCGGAUUCUGCCAGUCAUUUCCGCCAGUUCCAUGUAGUCCAUCACCUUCAUCUGCCAUUCUUCCCGGGUGGGUAGAUCUUGUGUCUUCCAAUACCUCGCGAUGAGUAUUCUUGCUGCUGUUGUGGCAUACAUAAAAAAGCUUCUAUCCUUUUUUGGCACCAAUUGGCCGACCAUGCCCAGGAGAAAGGCCUCUGGUUUCUUCAGAAAGGUAUAUUUAAAUACCUUUUUCAUUUCAUUAUAAAUCAUCUCCCAGAAUGUCUUAAUCCUUGGGCAUGUCCACCAAAGGUGAAAAAAUGUGCCUUCAGUCUUUUUACAUUUCCAACAUUUAUUAUCGGGCAAAUGAUAUAUUUUUGCAAGCUUGACUGGUGUCAUGUACCACCUGUAAAUCAUUUUCAUUAUAUUCUCUCUUAAGGCAUUGCAUGCCGUAAACCUCAUACCUGUGGUCCAUAACUGUUCCCAGUCAGCCAUCAUAAUAUUAUGUCCUACAUCUUGUGCCCAUUUAAUCAUAGUUGAUUUCACAGUUUCAUCCUGAGUAUUCCAUUUCAGCAGCAAGUUAUACAUUCUUGACAAGUUCUUAGUUUUGGGAUCUAACAGUUCUGUUUCCAAUUUUGAUUUUUCCACCUGGAAGCCAAUUUUUUUAUCCAAAUUGUACGCCUCCAUUAUUUGAUAAUAAUGGAGCCAAUCUCGCACUCUAUUUUUUAGUUUUUCAAAACUCUGCAAUUUUAAUCUGUCUCCCUCUUGUUCCAAAAUUUCCCAAUAUUUCGGCCAAUUGGCCUCCAUACUGAGCUUUUUCUGAGCCUUCACUUCCAUUGGUGACAGCCACCUUGGGGUUUUAUUUUCAAGGAAGUCCUUCUAUCUUAUCCAGACAUUAAACAGUGCUUUUCUGACAAUAUGGUUUUUAAACGCUUUAUGUGCUUUAAUCUUAUCAUACCACAAAUAUGCAUGCCACCCAAAUACGUUGUUAAAACCUUCUAGGUCCAGCACAUCAGUGUUUUCAAGAAGCAGCCAUUCUCUCGGCCAACAAAACGCGGCCGAUUCAUAAUAAAGUUUAAGGUCUGGCAGGGCAAAUCCACCUCUUUCUUUAGCAUCGGUUAAUAUCUUAAAUUUUAUUCGAGGCUUCUUGGAUAAAAUUUUGGAUAAAAUGGAUUGUUUCAAGAAGUGGCAGAGAGAUAUUUCUAGAUUUGUCUGGCAGGGCAAGAAGGAAGAACAAACAGUCUCAUGUGUAUUGUGGAUUUUUGAAGGGAGAUUUACUGAGACCUUUUUGAGGGCAUCGCACAAGGUACUGGUGGGCUCACUGGUGCCCACAGGCACUGUGUUGGUGACCAGUGUUAUUGCUUGCAUGGUGUAUGUGUGAAUGAGCCAUUGCAGAUUAGGCAGUGCACAAAUACAAUGUUCAUUUCACCUCAAAAGACAAUGCACUUCAGUGAAGUCAGUUUGAACAUUUAAUUGCAUGCUAUUAAAUGAUGUGCAAGAAGUCGAUUUAGGUACAGUACAUGUAUGAACCAGUGCAGAAAACAGAUCCACUUGUGCACACAUUUCACCUUAAUGCGCCAUUUCUGCACCAGAGAAUUGGAAAGCUUGUCAUUUGAGCUCAUUGUUUUUCAUUACAUGUCAGGCCUUGUCCUCCGGUUUCUCUGCUAUCCAUGCCCUGCCACACCCCUCAUUUGAAGAGCAUCGAUUGAUAAAUCAAAUUCUAAUAAAAGCCAGCAAGAGUGGCUGAGUAUUGCUAAAUAAUUUUCUUGGGUAAAUUACAUGAAUGUUGAAGGCAAACAGGACAUAACUGAUUCAUGAUGGUGCAUUAGCAGAGCACUUAGGAGUGGUUAUGGCACUGCUGAGUGACGUGAAUUGUGGGUCAGCAUGGAAGAGUAAGAAUAUACUUCCAAAAUGACAGAUCAUUGCUGUCGAGAUACAAGGAGCUGCUUGCAUCAUGACCUCUGGUUUCCUUGUUGGCAGGGCUGAUUUGGAGAUCACAUAUGGCAAAGGGCUGGAUAAACUGGCCCACAAGCUCACCAAAGCGUUGGGCAAAAUGAAGGUCAGGUAAGUGACAUCAGUUCCCACCUAGAACCCAGUUGCUCUGAUAGGGUUUUCUUUUUCUUUUGUCAUGGAAAGUUGUAGUCUAGAGCCCUGGGCGUACAUGAGGCUCCCAUUGCUUCCUAUGGCAGAUGGAGCUCCAGAAGUGUACCUGGUCCUUUGCCCUUCUGUGCCCAACAAUGGAAACCCCUUGCUCAACAAAAGGUCUGCCUUCCUGGCAGCCAUACUUACAAUAUGCUGCCUUCUGAGCUAGGCAUAUGUAUUGAGGGGAUGCUGCCACAUAGAUGCUGCUGCCACAUUCUCAAUAAUAGAAUGGGGGGGGGAGGUCAGUGGAAUCCCCAACAUCUAAUAGAAUGGGGCAGCUGUUCCCAGGUUUGUCUUUUCUCUAAAAUGACUGGCACAAGUUUAAAGUCAUCUUCUGUGUUUUUAAGGUGGCAGUGGCUUGCUGAACAGCUGCAAUUCCUCUUGCAAAACAACCGUUGUGGAUUGAGUUUGAUCCCCAGUUAGUUGCACAAAAUGGCAUCCUAUGUAAAUCUCCAUGCAGAACUGUUAAAAUGUAUUGUGUCUGAGAUCAGAUUUUUAGCAGACGUGUUGAAGUAAGAAUAAAUGUGUAUACUAUAUUUCCUUUUUCCUCCCCCCCCUUUUUUUUGUUUGGUCUCCAUUCAGUUAUAUUUGCAGUGCCUGGCAAUGUGUUUCUGAAGGGAUGAAAUCUGCCUCCGAUUUGCACAAGUAAGUACAGUCUGGUCCAUUAUUCAAAGUCCACUGAGAGCUGGGAGGGUUUUAAAACUUGUACAAUCAACAUGGCAGUUUUUAUUGCCUACUCUGGGAUUGCAUGGAGAAUAUUUACUGCAUUUCCCUCGGCGGUUGUCUAGCAAAUAAUUUUUCGGAAGGCAAAUGUUAAUGCAGCAGGUGUAUAUGUUUUAUGUUCUGUGCCCAGGAAACUUGGCAAAGCCAUUCAGAUGGAAGCUAUAAGUCCAACAAAUCACGUCCUGGAGGAGCAUGAGAAGAGGAAAAAAGCAGUGAGUUCAAAUAACCUUGCUUUUCUGAUGAUCUGGUGCAAUGUCUGUGCAGGUGAUGAUGCAUAAUGCACAAAGUUCUGUUUCUAAGUAAGGCUGCAGUUCUGCAUCGUUAAAGUCAAUGGCUUCUGAUUGCUGGUGGCUUCUGGUUGCGUCAGCAGGAGCAGGAUCACAACCUAAGUCUAUGAGGAUUUGGUUUUGCAAAGGGCCUCUUACCAAUCUGGUGUGAUGCUAAUAUUAUUGUCCGCUUGCGCUAAAUAUAUAUAUAUAUGUGUGUGUGUGUGUGUGUGUGUGUAUGUAUAUAUAUAUAUAUAUAUAUUUCCUUUAAAAUCUUUAGAUUCCGACUUUCCUUAAAAGGCCCAAUCUGGCUAGAUUUUCUUAGGCUGUACAUUGAUAAUGGAACAAAGCCAUAUUGUCUCACCCCUCAUAUACCCAAUCCAUCACUGUGCUCUGCAGGAUACCAUCUUAAUAGAAGAUCCAUUCCAGACCUUUGGAUUUCCCUCCUGUUACAUAUUAGGCAGGAACUAUCUCUGUUGAAAGACCUUCCUCUUUCAACAAGUUAAGAUCUGUACUGUACAUGUAUCUGUACUAGAACCAUUUUUAUAUAUGGAAUUGUCUUUCAAGUGUUUGCAUUUAUUUUUAUAUAGGUAACUGCUUUUAAUUGUUUUUUGCACUUCGAUGUCUCAUGGUUGUUUGUUUUUUUAUAUAAUUGUACAUUUUAUGGUUGUAGCCUCCCCGGGGAUCUUAUGGUUAAGGACAGAGGAGAAAUCAAAUAAAUAAAUAAGCAAGCAAGCAAGCAAGCAAGCAAGCAAGCAAUGAUAUGCUUCUCAAAUGUCAUUGUGUUUCUCUUCCAUAAGCUAGAUAAUACAGUUGUGAAGGCAGCAGACCUGGUGACUGGCAACUGGCGCCAACAAAUAAAGGCAAGUUUCCAUUUUUCGUCGUUGCAAAGGUACCAAGUCAAGAUCAACCCCAGGAAACUCUUCCGCGUCCCGUUGAAUUCAGCUACGCGAAGGGGGCUAAGAAGUGCUUGAUUAGAUUAUGUACCAUGGUUUGAAAUAAAAGGCAUUGGUUAGCUAUGCUAGAAUGCAGAUAUAGAGGGAGUUUGAAAAACCAUCUAUGGAGAGGAAAGGCAGCCCCAUGUGGUAUCAUCUGUAUGAGCCUUAAACAGCAAAGGAUAUGAUCUAUAGGCUAAAUGGAGCAUAGGAAGCUUCCUUACACUAGCCACUGGUCCAUCUAACUCUAUAUUGCCUACACUGACUGGCAGUGGCUCUCCAGAGCUUCACAAAUGAAUCUUUAGUUGUCCUACCAUGAUUGAAGAUGGGUCCUUUUGCAUGGAAAAAAAAAAGUCUUCUUCCACUUGGCUAUAGAACUUUCUCCUUCCCCUCACUCCCAAUGGAACAACAAAGCUGUGUACCGUUUUUGUGGUGCAAGGCACCUUCCUGUGCUUCUAUCAACUACAAAGGUAUCCAGCACCCAAAGUUUCGCUUGCAGGCAUUUGAAACUGUAUAGAUCUGUGGUGCCCAUCUUUGCUGUUCCAGACCAGAUCAACAAAGUUAAAAAUGAUUGUGUGUGUGUACAUGUUUGGAAGUAGUUUCUGGUCGCAUCCACUCUAUGAAUUUAAAGCACAUGGCUUCCUUCAAAGAAUCCUGAGAACUUCAAUUUGAGGGGGUGCCUGGAAUUGUGGUUCUGUGAGGAGGGAACUACAAUUCCCAGGAUUCUUUGGGAGGAAGCCAUGUGCUUUAAAAGCACGGUGUGGAUGUGACCUCUGUGACACAGAUGAAGAAGAUACAUACUUCCCAGGAAUUCCAGCCCAGGUUGCUGUUGGUGAGCCUCUGCAGAUCUGUUUGCUGCAACUGAAUCUCAGUGGAGGUCUUUAGAUCAACACCAUUUGUGGAGCUUACAAACACAAGGAUUACUUUAUGUGUUCAAGAGCAGCUAGUAACUGAAUGCAGCAUAAUGAGAAGCCAUCACUUGUCGUCUGCCUGAUGAGAUCUUCUUUGCACCAUACGCCGCGCUCGCCAUUCCAAGACAAUGACAUCUUACCCACUGUCAGAGUCGCGCCCUAACCCCUUCCGUCAGUGAAAGACGAGUCUGGGCAGAGAACAAUAAUCACAACAUCAAAUAAUAAAUUGUCUAUGAGGUAUCCCUACUCAGUUUGAUCCCCAGCUCAGCUUGAAAAAUAUGCAGUUCCCCUCACAUCUCAAUUGAUUUCUGUGUGUUUGGUGGCAGGCCAAGAAGAAAUUAAAGGAGCUAACCAAGAACCACGAAGCGCUCUUCCGCGAAACAGAGAGCUCCCAAGCACUGGCUUCACCAAAGACCAAAAGGAAGGUAAAUCUUCAGACAGGUGCUUGCCUCUUGGGUUUCUACACAGCCAGAUUACCUGCCUGCAACCAUGUGGGUUGUGUGUAAGAGAAUGGGUGUCCCCAGGAAAAUUCCCAGUGUCCCCUGGGCCAAGAGCAUUAGGUCACAUGAUGCAGUGCAAUCUCCUCCACAGUAGAAGCUAAGGUAGUUGACAAAUCAUGAAGACAGUGUGGUGGCAUGGUUAGAGGGCUGGACUACGUCCAGAGAGGCCCAGAUUCCAUACACUCCCAACAUUUCUCUGAUGAAAAUUGGGACAUCCAAUUUUUUAAAUAAUAAUCAUAAUAAUAUAGUACCCCACCCAUCUGACAGGGUAGCCCCGACCACUCUGGAUGGCAUCCAACAUACGUAUAUAAAAACAUCCUGAAACAUUAAUUAUAAGAAUAUAAGUUUACCACUUCUUUUCACUAUCCUCCCUCCUUUCUUCUUCCCCAAUCAAAUCCAUGCUUGAUGGUGAAGCUCCGUACAUGACCUUGGGUCAGUUACUAUCUCUCUCCCCAGCUUAUCUCAUAGGGUUAUUAUGAGGAGAAAAUGGUGGACAAGAGCCAUGUGUGAGGUUAUUGAAUUGAACGUUGGGCUAUAAAAGUAGUAACGAUAAUAACAGCCUACUUUUCUGAAGCAUUGGUCCUGCCAGGCUGCUAGAUAAAAUGACAAGAGUCAAUCUAUUAGGUGUCUUUGAGGGGAGAGGGUGACUUUAAGCAUUGUGAAGCAAAGACUCAUGAUUUGCUACACACAAAACAGAGUUUUCUGUAUGUUGUCAUGCACAUAGCACGCUGUUAAGCUGUUGGCCUUACCUCUCCUGACCUCACAGGUGCAUAAAUAGAAGAUAAUUUGCCCCUGCCAACACGGCUAUGAGAACAAUGCCUCUGGUGAGAUAAGUCAAUCAUAUUUCUCUUUUUUUAAACAACUUGCAUUUAUAUUUUCAUUUCAGUUGCUCAGAAACCUGGAAAAAUCUGCGACGAAACUGGGAAAGGACGAUGAAGAUUACUAUGACAAGAAUCUAGCCGCCUGUAAAACUAGGUUGAAAUGGGAAAGCACUUUAGAAAAUUGCCACCAGGCAAGUCGUUUGAGGUUCUUUUCUUGUGCUGUUGUACAUUUUCAUUCUGACACUUCCCCUUGAAUAUAAACAAGCCUCAUUUCUGCACUGCCAUCCAUUUUUUAUUUUGAUUUGCAAUUCAGUGAGAACAGUGAGGUACCUCCUGAUUUACAGCUGUGUGUUCGAGAAGGGAAAAGGGGGUGGGGAAUCAAGGUCCUGGGAGCAGAGGCCUACUCUUUGAAGCUAUAAACAUUAAAGGGAGGAACUGCAGCUCAAGAUUUGAGCACAUGUUCUGCAAGCAGGACGGUUCCAGGUUGAGUUCCCCAACUCUACAACUAGAAAGGCCUCAGGCUGGAGCCAGUUAGAGUAGACGACCCCAGGUGAAUCAGACCAGAACUCGGAGGUAUGUCCAAGAUUCCAUCUCUGGCAUCUCUCCAGAGAAGGCUGUAUAAAACCCCGGAGCACUGCUGACUUGGCAUAUCCUCAGAACGACACAGCUUCAUAAGUUUGUGCAUGCAUUUGUCACCCCAUGCUAGCAUAGCAAAUCGCCCCAGGGAAUAAAAAAGUCAGUCCUGCAAUAUCCACUGGAAUUGCUUGAUGAUGAUGACGAUGAUGAUGAUUGUGGCGUUCGUAUGGAGCCCCCGGUCGUCUCACGGACUAUUGACCCGUACACCACUAAUCCGCUGCCACCAACCAGGUCCUCCCCGGUAAAUCACUUAGUCUCAGUUAUGUUCUCAAAUUAACAAAGAAGAGUGUAGUUUAUUUCAGACACAAACAAACUUUAACUGCAUUCCAAACCUUGUUACUCUUUACCUUCUUAGUCCUGUCUCUAUCUCUUCUACCUCCCCUCACACAAGAAUCCACUACACUAACUGUCUCUCUAUUUCCAACUGCCUGCCAACUGCUUUUCCAACUGCCUUUCCCAACCAACCAACCCACUAAAACCAACCAACUACCCACCAACAACUAAUUCAAACCUCGGGCUAAGCCCUUUUAUAUACAGGUAGGCUCCGCCUCUGGCUUUCCUAUUGGUUUACAUUUUAACCCCUUCUCUCCCCCCUGUACAGACAUUUUUCAAAUGAACGAGCAAAUGCUAGCAUAGCAAAUCGUCCUAGGGAAUAAGAAAGUCAGUCCUGCAACAUCCACUGGAAUUGCUUGAUGAUGAUGAUUUUGUUAUUUAUGUCCCGCCUAUCUGGCUGGGUUUCCCCUGCUUCUCUGGGGCUGCUUAUACUUCCUAGUUUCUUAAGGGAAGAUACCCUUUGGUACCAGUACACCAGGCCAUUUAAUCUAGCCUUGAAAUUGCUUGAUUCUCACCCAUCUCAAAAGGGUGGAGGCUCACACAGAGCCCCAGUUUGCACCUAACCGUAAGUGAAGCUUAUGAAGAAGCAAACAUUUGGGCUCUUGGAGAGGAAAUCCCAGCCUCUUUGCUAGUGAUCCCUGGUCAUUUUGCUGCUGCGUUGAGCUCAGCUGUACUUUGGCCUAGUGUGUUGCCUGGGGGUGGAAAACAGCACUCACUGCCAUGACUAUGACACGGCUUGGGAGGAGAGAGGCUCAGAAGCGUCAUUGAAUGUGACCCAUGGGGUCAGUGUGGACGUUUACCCCCCAUGGCAAAAUUUGUAGAUCCAACAAAGCCGCAACAUCUGGUUUGUCAUAGACAACGUUAUAAUCUGACUUGAAACGUAAUGAAAUAUAAUUCAUCAAAGUGGCUUUUUAAAGAAACACCAUCCCACCCCCCCAAAAAGCACCAGUAUCAACAGAUUGGCCGUAAAUUUCAUACUCAAUCAUUUCUUUUCUAGAAGCAGAAAUUUAAUUAAAUGCUGUUAAGCAUCACCACCUCCACAGAGUUACUGUAUUUUUAAUCACAUGCUGAGUUCUGCUCCAAGCCUUUUAGCAUUCUUCAGCUAAAGGAACACCUACAUAAAAGAGUCGAAGGGUGCAAUGCAGCCAAAGCAAAACACUUUUAAACCCAUUUGAUUUCAGUGGAGGGAGAAUCAUGUGCUUCACAUGUGUGCCUAUGGCUGUUUGGGUGCACCCUUUCCACUCACGGGGGUCCUAAGUACCUGUGUGAUGUAAUGAGUAGGUUGAUAGUAGGGAUGCGGGUGGCACUGUGGUCUAAACCACUGAGCUUCUUGGGCUUGCCAAUCAGAAGGUUGGCAGUUUGAAUCCCCGCGACGGGGUGAGCUCCCAUUGCUCUUUCCCAGCUCCUGCCAACCUAGCAGUUCCAAAGCACGCCAGUGCAAGUAGAUAAAUAGGUACCCCUGCAGAAGGAAGGUAAAUGGCGUUUCCGUGCACUCUGGCUUCCAUCACUGUGUUCCGUUGCGCCAGAAGCAGUUUAGUCAUGCUGGCCUUGUGACCUGGAGAGCUGUCUGUGGACAAAUGCUGGCUCCCUCGACCUGAAAACGAGAUGAGUGCCGCAACCCCAUAUUCGCCUUUGACUGGACCUAACCAUCCAAGGGUCCUUUACUUUUACCUAGGUUGAUAGUACAGUGGUACCUCAGGUUACAUACGCUUCAGGUUACAGACUCCGCUAACCCAGAAAUAGUACCUUGGGUUAAGAACUUUGCUUCAGGAUGAGAACAGAAAUUGUGCAGCAGCGGCGCAGCAGCAGCAGGAGGCCCCAUUAGCUAAAGUGGUGCUUCAGAACAGUUUCAGGUUAAGAACGGACCUCUGGAACGAAUUAAGUUCUUAACCCGAGGUACCACUGUACUUAGAUUUCUGGCACAUGCACCUUUCUAGCACUUUAAAGUGUACAGCACAGAACAGAAUCCUCUGCAAAUUGAUUUUUUUUUUUUAGCAACCCACACCACAUAAAUACUGCUUGUACAAAUGGAUAAUUCCAGUGACCAAAAACCUGAGAGGUAUGGAUGAGAUGCUGGGAAAUUCAGACUUAAUACAUUUCAUUUCAUUUCACUUUUCAUUUGUAUACUGCCUUUCUAUUUACACAAGGCAGUUUACAACAACAAAAUAUUCAAGGUAGCACACCUUAUCUGAUCCAGUAAUGGAUUGUAAUUGGAGAUAAUGCAAAAUAUUUGAUGCAGUAAUAUUAGAAGCUAAGGUGGCAUCAGCAGUGGCAAAUGUGAAGUCAUUUAUUUGUAUUAAUUUGGUAUUGUAAUAAUUUGUGAAGAUUGGGUUGAAAUUCAGAAAAUCAAUAAAAAUAAUUGGCAAAAAGAAAUCUGAUCCAAUGCAAAGGUAAUAAGGAAUACAUAACUUUAAAAUAAGCAACUUAUGUCAAAUAAAGCAAUAUUCAACAAUCCUUUAGAAUAUAAUAGUACACAUAAAAUUAACUCUCAAAAUUUUAAGAGUAUGUUCAUUUGUACACGCAUGCGUGCGUGCACGCGCGCACACAUACAAGUUCAUAUAUUACCUCAAGAAGGUUUUGAGAGGCAAAUCACUACUUUCCUGGUUAGGGUUGCCAUAUUUUGAAGAGCAAAAAAGAGGACACAUUUGCCAACUUCUACUUUUAACUAUGGAUCACUAUAACUCUCAUUUUACAUACCCUGGAAAAAGAGGGUGUGUCCUGGGAAAAGAGGACAUAUGGCAACCCUAUCAGUCUCAGCAUCAGCUAAAGACUUGCCCAUUCAUCCAGGCUUUGGAGAGCUCCAGAUGACUCCUAGCGAACUGUAUUGUAUUGUUGCAGUAUGGGGGUUCUGAAAUGCCAUACCCACUUCUGUUUUUUUAAAAAAUUAUGUACAGUUGUACCUUGGUUUUUGAACGGAAUCCGUUCUGGAAGUCAGUUUGACUUCCGAAAAUGUUCGAAAACCAAGGCACAGCUUCUGAUUGGCUGCAGGGGCUUCCUGCAUGCAAUUGGAAGCCACAGAAGCCCCAUCGGACGUUUGGGUUCCAAAGAACGUUUGCAAACCGGAACACUCACUUCCACGCUUGAGUCGCAAGGCGUUUGACAACCAAGGUACAACUGUAUUUUGAUUUCAGUGUAUUUUCUGUUUGGUGUUGGGAUAGCUUUGUGUUGUUGUUUUCUUAUAUAAAUUUCUGUGGGGGGUUUUAAUGAAGAGCGUUCUGUAAAUGAAAUAGUAAGCAUAAAAUAAGAAUAAUAGUUCCAGCAUGACUAGAAACCAUGGGUGGAAAUUGCAGGGCAGGUUUUGGGGGACAUAUUAGGAACACUUUCUAUUGGUAAUGCUGUUCAGCAGUGGAGCAGAUUGUCUUGGGACGUGGCAGGUUCUCAAUUGCAGGAGCUAUUUUUGCAUAGUCUGGAUUGGGGACGGGGUUCCUCUGGUGGCUCUGUGUGCAGCAGACCAGUCUAAUCCUUGCAGAUUGCCCAUUUUGUAUGGUAAUGGCUUCCUCCCUUCCUUUCAACAGAGCAUCCUAGAACUCGAAAAGGAGCGACUGCAUCUUCUGUGCAAUACAUUAAAUUGUUACAGCCAGCAUCUUUCCAGUUUGGCACAGAACCUAAUUGCGGUAUGUAAUAUUACGAUUUUUCACCUCCAGUGGUUAGAAAGUUCGUUUUUAAAAAGGAACUGUUUCCAGUUCAAUAAAGUUGUUUUGCAAAAUGAACUGGUUCAGUUCCAGUUCAUCCAAAUGAACCUUUUAGUUCAUAAAAAGUUCAUCCUUGGCAUACAUUUUUUCAGCAUUCAGAAUGUUACCAGCCAAUAUGCUGAACCAAAGUCCAAAAGCAAAUCGGAGGCCACACACAAGUAAUAAGAUGUCUGACAGACAGAACGUAAGCAGGUUAAACUUUCCCCAUAAUUGUAUUUCCAUACUAGAAGACUUACUCUGUUUUAUUUCUGCCACCUACACAGCUGUUAGAGGCACAAAGCAUCACUGUUGCUAAGGAAUCAGAAAGAAGGAAUGUGAGGCAUUUCUCUCUUCUAACCUGAAUAGUUUGCAGCAAGAAGUACAGGUCCAAGAACAGGUGCAGGAAAUGCCUCACAUUCCUUCUGAUUCCUUAGCAACAGUGACUGACUUAGUGUCUUUAGCAACAGCCUAAUAAGCCUUAGACCAUUCCUGCCACAUUUAGCUUUGCAACUUUCUUUAGAAAUGUUUAGUUGAUUUUUUUAAAUCAACCUCCGGGCCUCCUGCUGGGGGAUGGCGAGGGCAAAAGUAAUGAACAUGAAGAUGAACUAUAAAUCAUUCAAAGUUCUAUCCCCAAACUGAACUUUAUUCACCUUUAGAACACCUGACAUUUACAAGUACUACUUUCAGGUGUAGUUCAGAGAUUUUUGAACUAGUUAGUGAACUUUGUUCAAUGGGACUAGUCCAUUCCAAGCGCUGUUCACUUCCAUCUAAAUACUAUUAGAACUUCUCUUCAUAUUGAAUCUUGUUUGUCCUGAUUCUAGUGCCACACAAGGCUUCAUAAUGCAGUCAGUGAAGUUGAUGCACACAAGGACACACAGAUGUUAGGAGAAGAAAUGUCUAUGCCUGCUACAGAGACCAAGCUGGAGCUGUUAUUAACAGACUAUUAUGUAAGUGCACUACUGAAAUGCUUGUCAUCAUGAUGGGCAAUGUUUGUAUGGCAAUAGGAGCUGCCUGCUAGGGCUGGGCGAUUUAUCGAUAUAUCGUCCAAACCCAGUUUGAAGUCCAUAUCGUGAUAUCGGUUUCAUAGUUUUUGACCUGGCAAUAUAUCGUGAAUAAGGAUGUUUGUGUGUGUGCUAUGCAAAAAUCACAAUGUAGGAAAAAGCAUGGAACCAACCAAUGCUUCUCUUGAUUCCUGCAGCCCGUUAGCUCUGCUGGCUCAGCUCUCCCCCGCUUCCUUCAGGGAGCAGCGAACCACAAGAGCAUUGGCCAGCGAAAACCACAUUGCAGUAAAAACUGAAGCCAGCCUGUGCCUCUACGUAGCUCCAUCCUUAUUUCAGACAUCGUAACAUAUCAGUAUAUCGCAAUGUUUAGCCAAUGCUAUUAUCAUGAUGUUGAAAGCAAAAUAUCGCCCAGUACUACUGACUGCUGUAGGAACCUCUGGAGGAAGUGUAAUGGCAUGCCUCUUGGUGCAUUCUGUGUAAACUAUAAAACUGAGAGCCAGCCACCCAGUGGUAGGCAGGUUUUGCUCUGAUUUCACCAGUGCCUAACUGCGGCACUUUACUUUCCCUGUCAGGGUGAAUGACACAAUUUGGCAGAAAGUAAAUGGGGGAAACAAUUAAUAUGGGAACUGAAUAGAUUUCUUGCCAUCCGUGAUCCCAUUUCUCAAGAUUGCUCCCAUCUGCAUACCUCCAGCCUCUUCUGCUCCUUAGGACUGCUCUUACCAUGUGUGUUGGCCCGUUCAAGUGUACGAUUAGCACACCAGUACUUUGGUGGCCCAGAUGGGCCUGCUGGCCCUGUAGUCCUGUGGUAGAGCAUCUGUAUUGCACAGGUUUAAUUUCUGGCAUCUCCAGCUAGGGAUGAGAAUGUCCCCUGUCUGCAAACCUGGACACCCUCAGCCAAUCAUUUGUGGGCAAAACUGAGCUAGAUCGUUCUAUGGUCUGACCUAGUACAGGGCAGCUUCUCAAGGUCCUAUGCUGGCAUGCUAACAUUGCAUAUGAAUAAACCAUGGUACGUGCAUUUUACUGUGACUGAGCACAAACGGAAUAUUCAGGCUUUACCCAUGGCCCACAUCUUGUAAAAAUCAGGAGUGUGUUGCAAGAGUGGGACAAAACAUUGAGAAGCGGUUUGUGUAUUAAUAAACAGAUACUAUGAAAAUAUUGAUCUACAGGUUUGUGAUUACCUGAACACUGUUUUGUUCUCUCUUGCAAUAAAUGCCAUUGUAACCAUGUUUAGCUCAUAAUGCAAGUUCUAAAUUAACACCCCAACUGUAGAGCAUCUGAAGCAGCCAGGCCACAUUCAAGAUCCUUAAAAGGGCUUGUAAUAUUUUGGCGCCACUGCUGUUUUUGCUUCACAAAGGACUGAUCACAAAUCAACGGGUGCUGCCAGUGCUUUAUCCACACAGAGGAAGCAGUUGACAUAAAUCAGAAACUAAGGUCCACAGAGCCAAAAGCCACAGCGGGUGCCUUCUUGACUAUUAUACUUUCUCCUGUAACUGUCUAUAUGGGGGAAUCCAACAUCAUGCAAUUACUAAGCUAUAAUACAAUAGCAACAGAGAGCUGCUUUUUCAGCACUGUCGCUUUGCAUGCCGCUUAAUCACAAGGUUUUAUUGGCACAGCAAUUAUGCUUAUGCACUGCAAAAGCACAAUAUGAUAAGCAGAACUGGAGUAUCCAAAUAAUGGAUCUGGAUAAGCUUAUUGUCUGUAACUAUUAUUAUUCAACUGAGCUGGGAACAUAUUUCAAUUUUUUAUGUGUCAAAGACUUUGCGGGGGAAACUAUAGGGCUGUGUUCACAUGUACACACACACACACACACUGGGCAAGCAUCAGAAUUCCAAGGUAAUUACCCUGUUCAUUAGUUUUGGGGGCCAGACAGAAUCAGAGGUGUGUUAAACCUUUCACUGAUUUUUAACGAACCUUCUUUCAAAUCAUCUUUCUGAUAAUAUCCAUGCUUGUGCAUAAUUUCAUAGAAUGUCUGCUUCUUCUGAUGUACCACCCUUGCUUUGUUGCACCAUAAAACUAACAUUUCAAGAUAAAGGGAAAGGAAGUUCUGCAAAAGUAACAUUUGUAUGCUACCUCACAUUGUUCUGUUACUAGAAAUGGCGAUUUGCCGAGCGACUCAUAAUAUUGCUGCAUGCGUGCAAUCAAAUUAUUUCAUAUUGAGAAUAAUAAUUUAGCACAAUCCAAUAUUGACUAAAUAACACUAUUUGAUAUAUUCUAACUGCAUUGCUUGGGGCCUGGAGACUUGAGUAGGGAUCAGGAAUUGAAAGUCCCAGGGCGAAUCUGUAAUAUUCUAAGUAGGACCAGCUUGCCCCAGUUGCCAGUGUGGAAGGCAAAAAGAUUGAGUGCAGGACAGUUGAUGCCUGUGGGCAACAGAACAUCCCAAUGUCUACUUUAGAAAGAUGUUGGGCCUGGUCUGCUACCUUUUACCACCUCUGCUAAGUGGCCCUCUCAGAAAACUAGAGUCUUGGACAGAAUAUACAGGUUAGUUUAGUGCUUGCUAAUCUCUACUGCCUUCACCUGUGAUUGCCAGAAUACCAUGAGACCCAUAAAUUCUGGCUGAUAGGACAUUCACCUUCCUUUACUAAGAAAAUGCUCUCGGGGUCUAAGUGCUUUGAUGGAUCUCUGCCUUGCCUUAGAAUCAGAGAAUUGUAGAGUUGGAAGGGACCACAAGGGACCAUGUAUUCCAGCUCCCUUGCAGUGCAGGAAUCUUUUGCCCAACUUGUGGCUCAAGCCCACAACCCUGAAAUUAAGAGUUGUAUGCUCUACCAACUGAGCUAUUGCCGCCAGUGUUGCUUUUUUUAAUCUGAGACUAAAUACUGAAACAUCUUGUGGUGCAUGAAGCCACAGUGAAGUCAACCAUGUUGUCACUUGGACUUGAUUUGUGCAGACCGUGCCAGUGUCAACACUCAAUGUGUGCUUGAGUUUAGAGUAGUACCAAAUGCAGGCUUCAUUGUACUUCUGCACUUCUAAUAAACACCUUCCUGCUUGGAUGCAUUUUUUCUUUUCCAUCUGCACUGCAUGUCUAAAACGUGGGUUUAUUUUCCUGCAAAAAGGAGGAAGAUGCUACGAGCCUCAUCGAAAAAGAGAGAAGACAGGCUUCCAUCAAAGCCAAAGUACUACGUGUUCAAAAGGACUUGGAGAAGGCGUUACAAGACAAAGCAGGUGCCUUGAAAUGCCGCCUGUAUGCCUUGAUAUAUUGAGUAUUACCAUUCAAUCCCUGACAUUGCUUCUAGAGAAAACUGGCCUAGACAAGAGUCCAUAGAUUGACAGACUAAAACCAAUUCCUCUGGAAUUGAAGACAAAUGUGCAAAUGUUCAAACCCUAACAAUGUGCAUUGUUAGCCCUUCAACACACAGCUUAUUUACCUAUAAAGGUAAAGGUACCCCUGCUCGUACGGGCCAGUCUUGACAGACUCUGGGGUUGUGUGCUCAUCUCACUCUAGAGGCCGGGAGCCAGCGCUGUCCGCAGACACUUCCGGGUCACGUGGCCAGUGUGACGAAGCUGCUCUGGCGAGCCAGAGCCGCACACGGAAACGCCGUUUACCUUCCGGCUAGUAAGCGGUCCCUAUUUAUCUACUUGCACCCGGGGGUGCUUUCGAACUGCUAGGUUGGCAGGCGCUGGGACCGAGCAACGGGAGCGCACCCCGCUGCGGGGAUUCGAACCGCUGACCAUGCAAUCGGCAAGUCCUAGGCGCUGAGGUUUAACCCACAGUGCGACCCGCGUCCCUGUUAUUUACCUAUACUUAUUUAUAAAACUUCUUACCUGCCCUUCAGCAUAAGAUUCCAGGGUGGAGUUACAAUAACAGAAUAUACAGUUAUAAAAACAGAUAAAACCAUUACAAUUAUAAUGCACACAAAAGCGUUCCAAAUGGAACAGUGCAGUGUACAAAACAGUAUGAGAUGGUUCCACAAAACAGCUUAAUUUUCAAAGAGCAGGGGAAAGAGAUCUCUUUAGCCCAAUGUGAGAGCUGUACAAUGAAGAUGCUAGAUACAUCUCCGUGGGGAGGUACAGUCGUACCUUGGUUGACAAACACUUUAGCUCCUGAAUGUGGGAAUGUUUAGGGAUGAGGGGGAGGAUAUAUUGUCUAAGAUAUCCUAUCCCAACUUGUUUUUACAAGUUCAACAAAAUCAGCAGAGUUAACAUUCCCCUUUUUUAAACACACGCACAUCAGAUAGCUUGCUCAGACUCGUUAGAGUCUCUGUAAAUAUUUCCUGGUAUUUUUCCCGUUUAAUCCCUCCUAAAAUAAGAUGCUAUGCAGUCUUCUGUAAAGUAUAAAACACAAGUACAGUGGUGCCCCGCAGGACGAAUGCCUCGCAAGACGGAAAACCCGCUAGACGAAAGGGUUUUCCGUUUUGGAGGUGCUUCGCAAAACGAAUUUCCUAUGUGCUUGCUUCGCAAGACGAAAAUGUCUUGCGAGUUCCUGCGGGGGUUUUUUCCUUUUUCCCAAGCUGCUAAGCCGCUUAUCAGCUGAUCGGCUAAGCCGCUUAACAGCUGAUCGCUAAGCCGCUUAUCAGCUGAUCCGCUAAACCCACUAAGCCGCUAAUACUGUAGCGCUAAUCCGCUAAACCGCUAAUGGGCUUGCUUCGCAAGACGAAAAAACCCGCAAGACGAAGAGACUCGCGGAACGGAUUCUUUUCGUCUUGCGAGGCACCACUGUAAUCAUCUGUUCACACAAAGGUACCCAGAAGGCAGACUUUUAAAAGGUUAUAACAUAGUUUAAAUGUGGUGACUAUCUCCUUAUGAGAGAAAGCCCCCCUUUUCUUCUCUUGGCCUGGAGCCAAGGGUGCAUCUUAGUAGUGCUGUUGUUAAGAUGACAUUGAUAGAAACAAGAUGAUCGCCAGCCUGUGAUUCUUUUCUACUUCAGGAGAGGCCACGCCCAUCUCGUUACACAUAGGGAGUUUCAUCUCAGUCCUGGAAAGCAGGAAGUUCUGGCUGGAGGACUGAGACAACCUUCAUCUCUACUCUAGCCAUGUUGUGUUUGACUGCAUUCUUACAUUCCACACUGAAUGCCGCAAACCUGGGAGUGUUCUGGUUUGUGAAUGUUCUUUUGGAACCUUCCUGCAGCCAAUCAGAAGCCUUGCCUUGGGAGUCUAACGUUUUGGAAGUCAAAUGGACUUCCAGAACGGAUUCCGUUUGGCUUCCAAGGUACGACUGUAUAUAAUUUUGGAGCUGCCACAGAAAAAGCCUUCUCAGGCUGUCAUUCCUCAUACUUCUGAUGUGUUUUAACAAAAAGGGCCAGUAGGGAUGGAGAUGGUAUUUUGUAUAUUUGGGGCCUAAGCCUUUUAGGGUUUAAAACACUUGAAUUAGUUUGGAAACUGGCAACCUGUUGCAUCUUCCAUGGUGGAUAGCGAGCAAAUGAAAGCAAACAAUAAAUGCACAAGUCACCCUUCGCUAACAGAGGAAUUGCCCACUUAAUAGUCCAGGCUGGCUAGCCUCUUCCUUCUUGCCAUUUUGAAAGUUAAUAAAGGCAGUAUUUAAUUUAGGUUAAUUUGUUCUCCUUGAACAGUUGAUCAUCUUGGGUCCUCCAGAUGACUGCUAUUGCUGCGUCUUUUAUUACCUUGUCUGUUUUAUCACAAUAUGAUUGUACACCACUUUGUGGCCUAUUGAGCCAAAAAGUAGCUCUUAAUUUUUUAAUAUAAAUAAAUAUGUCCUAGGAGUUUCCUAAUGGCACUAUAACGCUUUACAGUUGAUUUCCAGAAACAUUUUAUGAAGCAUUUGUUUUCCAGCGACAUAUGCAUGAAAGAUUAGUAAAUGUUCUGUGUGUGGGGAAAAACACUAGAGUACAGAUUGUUUAAUCUUUUAUAAAUGGUUAUUCCUUCAAUAUUCUUUUUAAAGGUCUGGAACGAAUGCUUAACGCUUAUACGGAAUCUCCACAGUUCUCAGAUGCAAAGAAUCAGAAUGAUAUCACUGAGCAGCUUGAUGAGGUAACAUUUUUUUACUGUAAUCUGUAAAUUAGUUUUAUACCAUCUUUUUAAUGCCUGCCUGGGCUUAAUUUGUUCAUUUCAAAUCCAGCUUUCACUAAUAUCUAUUGCCCAUGCCUCAAACAAUCACUAGAAAAUCAACUGGGCAGGUUUGGAAUAGAAUAACCUGCCAAAUUGGGUGUGAUUUAUUUUAGGACAAGAGACAAUAAGAGAAGUACUGUAGUACAUUUUAAACUGGAAGUCUGUGUGUGUGUGUGUCAACUAGUGAUGGUACAGAAAUUUGUUUCAGUUUGCAUUUAAAGGUGAACCUAUGUAAUCUGCAUUUUCCAAAACAGGAUGUAAACCAAAACACAUCCAUCCUUCAAAAUUCACUUCUGUAAAUUAUGGAAAUGCAACCAAAUCAUGUGUACAAAAAUUCAUAUAAGUAGGAUAAAGUGUGCCUACAAAUGCAUAUAUUACUGAAAACAAUAUACAAAAAAUAAUUAUAUUGGGGGAAUUGCUUUGCAAAAAAUAUCUUUUAACAGGCAAACUUGCAAUCAAACGUGAGUGUAUUAGGAAAAAUGUGCAAACGUGUGAAAAUGUGGAGAACUCAACUGAACAUAGAUUGGAAAAAAGGGGAAACAAAGGGAAAUCAAAAUUGAGAUUCACCCAUCCCUAGGGUCAACUCCUGCCCCCACCCGAAAUCAACAUGAAGCAAAAUACCAUUUUACUAACAGUAUUUUAUUUUUUAAAAAACUGUAUUAUCUGUAUUACUAGACAUCUCUGAAAGUUAUCCUUCUGCAUGCAAACCACUUCAAGCUGGCGACUGUGCUUGCAGAAAUUGAGCAGAUGCCCAAACCAGUCGAACCCAGGAACUGCAUUUCAAAAUGGAAAGAAAAGGUACUAUGAAGGGUUGUGGCCUGUGUCAAAGCACUUUUAGGGAACAUGUGUGAGGCUAAUUUGGAGGAUAUGUUUUUACAGCCCAGUCCCACAAACUAUUACAGCCUUCUGUACAUCCUGGUUCUUUCACCUGCCAUUAGUGGGACCAGUAGGUCAUUGCUGGUAGGAGCAUACAUUUGGGAAAGAUUAUUAUUAUUAUUAUUAUUAUUAUUAUUAUUAUUUUUACAAUACAGCUAAACAAAAGCUUUUACUUACUCUUCAAAGUACCAUAUUUUUCGCCCCAUAGGACGCACCUAGUUUUCUUUUUUGGGGGGGAAAUAAAGAAAAAAAAUUUUAUUUCCCCCCCAGGCGCGGGGCUGGGGCAGGGGAAGCCUGAGCUUCCCCCGACCCCAGAACAGGCAGCUCUCUGCAAGCCUUGGGAGACCGGCGCGACUUCCCGCCGGGCUCCCAUGCCUUGCGGAUAUCUGCCUGAAGCCCAAACCAGGUGCGCACCGACCCCUCUCGCUCUCCAGGCUUCAGCGAAAGCCUGCAUUCGCCCCAUAGGACGCACAGACAUUUCCCCUUCAUUUUUGGAGGUGAAAAAGUGCGUCCUAUAGGGCGAAAAAUACGGUACUUAUUUAGUUAUCUUGUAUCUUGAACUUUAAGUGUCUGGUUUGGCAUCAUAACUCUUACUAUGAUGGGGCAGAGUAAUCUUUGGGAAGUCUUUUAGAUUGCUAGAUUGUGCUGUACACUAGUUUUCAACUGCUCACUUUUUAGCUGUUUUAUAAAGAGGUCAUUUUUCCACUGGAAAUUUUGCCUGCUAGAGCUGAGUACAGGGGAUAAUUAUAAAAACAACUUAGAAUUAUAGAAUGGAAGGGAUCCUGAGGGUCUAGUCCAGCUAUGACCAAACUUGUUAGCUAGGGAUGAUGGGAGUUGUAGUCCAAAAACAGCUGGAGGGCCAAGUUUGUCCACCACUGGUCUAGUCCAACCCCUCGCAAUGCAGGAAUGUCAACUAGAUCAAACAUGAUAGAUGGUCACUCAACCUCUGCUUUAAAACCUCCAAGAAAGGAGAGACCACUACCUCUCAGGACAGUCUAUUCCACUGCUGAACAACUCUGUCAGAAUGUUAUUCCUGAUUUUUAGUUGGAAUCUUUCUUGUCACUUCAAUCCAUUGAUUCAGGUCCUACCCUCUGGAGCAGAAAACAAGCUUGUUCCCUCUUCCAUGUGACAGCCCUCAUUUGAAGAUAACUAUCAUAUCUCCUCUUUACCAGGCUAAACAUACCCAGCUCCUUCAACCAUUCCUCAUAAGGCUUGGUUUCCAGACCCUUGAUCAUCUUGGUCACCCUCCUCUGCACAAAUUCCAGUUUGUCAAUAUUCUGUUUAAACUGGAGUGCCCAGAACUAGACACAGUAGUCUGACCAAGGCAAGAUAGAGAGGGUCUAUUACUUCCCUUGAUCAGGACACUAUACUUGUUGAUGCAGCCUACAAUAGCAUCAGCAUUAUUUAUUUAGCUGUUGCAUCACACGGUUGACUCAUGUUAAGUUUGUGGUCUACAAAGACCCCUAGAUCCUUUUCACUUGUACUACUGGCAACUUCAAAAGUGAUAAGGGAUAUAGUUUAUUAGUGUUACUUGUAAAGAUGCAGUCUUAUUAUGGAACAGAAUCCUGUGGAAAGCUGCUUUAUGUAAGAAAAUAUAACUGUUUGUCUGGGGGAGACUAUCAAAUCAUAUCUUAGCAAUUGGGGAAGAGUGAAAUAGCCAACAUUUGUUCAGAGUAUGCAAAUGUUUACAUGUUUACACUUAGCUAUAGUUUGGCUUAGCAUUAUGUGCAAACUGCACCCCUGCGUUGUUCAAGUAUAUUUAUUUUCACGUGCCUUUAGGUACAGUACUUUUGCCCAAAACAAUUCAAUUUUUAGCAUUUCUCCUGUUAACAAUGUUUUUUUCUUUCCCCCAAAACUGUUAGGACUGUGUGCAUCACUCUGUGGCAAUCACCUGCCCUGUUAAGAAGAAACAUUUUAAGCAAACUUUGAGCACAGGGGCCACCAGUGAAGAAGGAAUUAACAGGAGUUGUCCACCAGGUAAGGACACAAUCCAUUGCAGGAUCAGCAUGUGAAGUCUAGGGUUCUCUUCUCUCUCAUAAUCACAUAGUUGGCAAAAUGGCUGCCAUUCUGGUACAAUGGUACCUCGGUUUUUUAACGUCUCCAUUGACGAACAUUUUGGUUUUUGAACACUGUAAACCUGGAAGUAAAUGCUUCAGUUUUCGAACAUGCCUCGGAAGUCGAACAUGCCACACGGCUUCCGCCGAGUGCAAGAUUCUGAGGCCUAGCUGUUCGGUUUUCAAACGUUUUACAACUUGGAACAGUCUUCCAGAACAGAUUACGUUCAAAAACCGAGGUACCACUGUAACAGUAGAAAGCUAAAGGAGCAAGUGAAAAGUUUCUAGCUAGUAAGAUGUCUCUCUCACAGUUUCGGUACAAAUUAAAAGCCUAAAAAGCAGCUGAGCCUUCUGGGGGCUCAAAUAUUGUGUUAGUAAUGAGGAUGCUGAUAACUUUAUUAUUUGUACCCCACCCAUCUGACAUAAUAAAACAUUAAAAAGCUUCCCUAUACAGGGCUUCCUUCAAAUGUCUUCUAAAGAAUAAUAAUAGGAUUAUUCUUCCCCAUUCCUCUGUGGUGAGGCUCUGCAUCUUUUGAGUGCCUGCCACCCUCCAGUCCUUCAAAUUUAUCAUGAUGGUGGGAAAUGGGGCUGUCAGGUUCUAGAAAUAUGCACGUACAGCUAUAUAGUAUGGGUACUUUUUCUGUCCAGAAGCAAAUAAUGCUCCCUGCAAAAAGGGAAAACAGCCGUACAACUGCCAGGCCAAAAUGGAAACUAUAAUCAAACAUCAGUUUUCUUAAAUAAUUUAAAAGGGGUCAACAUACCUAAAAUGGAACAUAAUACACCUGGCCCUUCAGAUCCAAGCUGUUUUCAAAUCUCUCCAUCUCAAAAAAUUAAUUCAAGAGCUAUAACUGGGUUGUUGUUGUUGUUUUAAAAGAGCUAGUUAUUACCACAAGACUAUAUUUGUUAUAGCCUGCUGUAAAUAUUAUCACUUUUGUCCAAACUUUCCAGUAGCUGUUAGCAAUUCAAAGCCAACAGCUCUACCGCCAGAGAAUGGUGAUUCAGUGUAUGGAACUUGUACAGCUUUAUAUGAUUACCACGCUGAAAGGGAGGACGAGCUCUGCUUGAAUAAAGGUAACGGUAACAUUUUCCCUCCUCUAAUCUCAAUGUAAGAGAAAAGCCCCACUGGAUCAGACCCAAAGUCCAUCUACUCCAGCAUCCUGUUCUCAGUGGCCAAGAGAGGGACUAGCUUGUAGCAUUUCUGGCUACAAAACCAGGGGUAGAGUUUUAACUUUAUGCUGAAAUAAACUCCUGGGGGAAGGACUAAAACCUGCCCACUCUCCAUCUACCGUAUUUUUCGUCCCAUAGGACGCUCCGUCCCAUGGGACACACCUAGGUUUUUUGGGGGUGGAAAUAAAGGAAAAAAUGUUUUCCUUUAUUUCUCCCCCAAAACCAGGUCGGGGAACAGCGGGAUGGCGGUGCUGCGCCUCCCCCGUCCCCCGAGCUUGUGGGGCUGGCCGAUGUCUGCCCGGCGCGAGGGGCGCUUUGCUUCAGGGCGCCCCACGCGGGAGGCUGCUAUUCGCAGCCUGGGGAGCCCUGCGGGAACUCCCGCAGGGCUGCCUAGGCCGCGGAUGUGUUCCCGAAGCGCCGGGCGCUCUGCUUUCAGCGCGCCCGGCGCUCCAGGAAGCAGGCUGCUAUCCGCAGCCUAGACAGCCCUGCGGGAACUCCCUAGGCUGCGGAUGUCUUCCUGAAGCCUGGAGAGCAAGAGGGGUCGGUGCGCACCAACCCCUCUCACUCUACAAGCUUCAGCGAAAGCCUGCAUUCGCCCCAUAGGACGCACCCAGAUUUCCCCUUCAUUUUUGGAGGGGAAAAAGUGCAUCCUAUGGGGCGAAAAAUACGGUAGUUUGGCUCUAAGCAUACAUAUGGAAGAACACUUAAAAGCACAAGCCAUACUCAAGAAUGGUUUAUCUGGUUUAGUCUUCACAGAGAAACCCUUCUGUUCUUUUAAAGGAUGAUAGAGACAGAGUACUUUCUAAAACCAUGUAGCUUCCUUAGGAAAGUUGUGUUUAAGAUCUGGUUUAUUUGACUGAGGAAGUUAAAGUAACACUAUGUAUUAUUAUUAGGUGAUGUGAUUGAAAUUCACCAGAAGGAAGAGGAUGGAUGGUGGUAUGGCUCUCUCAAUGGGAAAAUAGGUAUUUUCCCUGCUACAUAUGUGGAAGAAUUAAUUCCCUCUACCACCAGGAGCCUCAAUGAAGAUGACGAAACGUCUUUUUAAACUGAAAAACCACAACUGGGACAGAUUGCAAGUGCAACUAACAAUAUGGAUUUAUUCACUUUGACAAGACAUCAAUUCAAGCUUCUCUAAGUGCCUGCUCUUCCUUUGUUUAGAACUUUUUCAUGUUCUAAAUAAAAUAUUGAAAGGC